GUUUUCGGAGGAACAAGAAGGCGCGCGCUUAAUAACGUCGCUAGGUAACUUCGCGCAUCUGUACAAAAUGUUCUGCGUCUGUUACUUAUACUGAGAGCAAGGAUGAGUUUAACAACUGCUGUGCGCAACUCCACAGGUUUAGGUACAAUGGCAAGCAAUGCUGUCACACAUGAUUACGAAAAGCCGGAGUGCAAGUUUUGCAGUUCAUGGAAGAAAUACUUUUACAACAGGAUUUUCAUGAUGGGUUUUAUAACUGCUGUUGGAUUAAUAGCCCUAUCAACGAGUUUAACUACCUACCUCAAGAAAUCCUCUCAAAAGAUGUACCCACAAUAUCUAAAAAAUAGGACUUUUAAGAUUGAUCCAGUUGAUGCAGUAUUUUUGAAGGAUGGAUAUGAAUUUCAAUUUGUUUCCGGAAGCAUACAUUACUUUCGCAUACCUCGCAUGUACUGGAUGGAUAGGCUUUAUAAAGCAAAAUGUAUGGGUUUGGACACCGUGCAGAUAGACAUACCAUGGAACUUCCAUGAACGCGAAGAGAAGCAGUACACUUUCGAUGGCAUGGCAGAUGUUGAAUCAUUUAUUACCAACGCUGAACAGAAUGGGCUGUUGGUCAUUGUGAGAAUUGGACCAUACAUUGGCUCAGACUGGGCGCUCGGAGGGUUGCCACCAUGGCUUUUACGGAAGCACCCACAUAUCAGAAUGCGUUCCAGUAGCCCUGUCUUUCUGACAGCCGUGGAAGACUGGUUCAAUGUACUCUUGCCGAAGCUAAAGAAGCAUCUCUACCACAAUGGCGGUCCGAUCAUUAUGGUGCAAGUGGAGAAUGAGUAUGGGAGCUACGCCGCCUGUGACAGAGACUACCUAGCUGCGUUGAACGCGAUGGUCACACAUCACCUUGGCUCGGAAAGCAUCAUAUCCACAGUGGAUGUUGGCACAAAACAGCACUUGCUUUGCGGUUCGCCGUUCACUGGGAAUUUGGCCACGGUUAGCUUCGGUCCAUAUAAAGGUGAUCCAGACGACAAAUUUGUCGCACUCUAUGAGUUUCAGCCAGAUGCACCUUGGGUCAACUCGGAGUACUACACCGGGUGGAUGGAUCACUGGGGUUAUUUUCACUAUUACACAAACCCAAAAGUUUUUACCGAACGCCUCGUUCAGCUGCUGUCUUACUCGCCAAGAGUUAGCGUAAACAUAUACAUGUGUCACGGCGGAACCACCUUUGGAUUUUGGAGUGGUGCAGUCAGUAAUCCGUACAGCUCGCAGAUCAGCAGCUACGAUUAUGGUGCUCCCAUUACCGAGGCUGGAGAUAUCACUGACUUUUAUCACCAACUUCGGCAGGCGCUUUACGAACUUAAGAACGUUUCCAUGCCAGAAGCACCGGCGAAUGUUAGCAAGGUGGCCUAUAACAGCAUAGACCUGACCCUGGUCACGCAUAUGCUGGCAGAGACUACCGAGGGUAUAACCGCUACGGUACCUUGGAGCAUGGAAGCUGUGAAGCAGUACGAAGGGUUUAUGCUGUACCGGACCCAGUUUUAUUACAGACCUGGUGACACAGUGCGGUUGAAAUUCAGAGAAAUCUCCGACUACGCAUACGUGUACACGGCCAGUGUGACAUUUUCCACAUUGGUGUUCCAUGGGGCUGUCUCCCGCAACGACAAAACACUGGUGUUGCCACUGAAGAUGAAGUACAACACUACUGAUCUCGUCAUAUUGGUUGAGAAUGCGGGUUACGUUACCUAUGAGCCUAAAAGUUAUAACGAUCGUAAGGGCAUUCUCGGACCUGUCUCUGCUGAUGGCAAAGAGCUGCUUGGUUGGACCAUGAGGCCUGUGUGUCUCACGAUGGAGUCACAUCACUCAUGCACCUCGACAUUGUCACAGCGAGUGAAAGCAAAGCUAUCCGGUGAAUCCCAAACAUCGUACGAUUAUCCUGAGACUCCCGCGUUAAGUUGGCCUAUUUCUGGAUCAAUUUUCGCUGGGAUCCUGAAUAUUACAGCAGAAGUGGACAUGGCGGAUACAUUUGUCCAACCCCUCAACUUCACUCGGGGCGUGGUAAUUGUAAACAACCACACAGUUGGAAGGUACAAUCAAGCCCUUGGACCGCAGUUGAGAGUUUAUGUACCGAAAAGUUUUCUGCAUCUGGGUCAGAAUAUCUUCAUCCUCAUAGAAUUGGAUAGCCUCUGGUUGAACGAGACCAUGAGCGCUGUUCCGAAUCCUGAAGGAAGCACCUAUCCGCUGCUUUUCGAUGACCAAAUGCGUUGGCAGUCGCUACGAAAUCGAACAGAUCAAUAAGUAUCACAGUUGGACUCCUUCAUUGUCCUGCAGAAGCGAGUACUCACACAGCUCUAAUUUACAGUACACCAGCCCGCCGAACAAAGUGGUUUCACUUGUAUACUCUGUACCUGUUCAACAGUUCGUCACAUUUGAACACGUCCAGGUUGUGCCGUUUAAUGCAGUCAUACACACACGUCAUAACAAACCCGGUGGUCCAAUCCCAAGCGAAUUGUACGCCUUCGUGCGUGCAUGUAACUUCAUAAACCGCGACAAAGCGAGUCAAGCACGGUUGCAGGAUGCAUUUUCGCGCGCAGCGCUUCACCUGCUGCUGGGAAAGUCCCACCGAAGACAUCAUGUAACUCAGUAAGGGGCGUAAUGUCAUGGUCCAGUAGAUGUUAAAAGGUACGCUUUGUAUAAACCCCAUAUUGAUGCCAUAGAUUGUUUACGAAGCUGAGGUUUGGGUACGGUACAUUGUUACUGUGUGAUGAGUUCAGUAGAAAAUAUAAAAGUCACGCAC